AGUUAGUCAGUUAGUUGAGUGAGACAGUGACUUACCAUGGCUUACUUGCGAGCUUUCCUGUUGUCUUCUGUCGCUCUGCUUGUACUCUUUGUUAGAUCAGGAGAGAGCAUCAGAUGCUGGGUGUGUUCUUCAGACGUGGACCGUCGAUGUGGAGACCCCUUCAACAUGACCCAUCUGGCAGUGAUAGACUGUGACAGGGAGAGAGCGCAGAGCCCCUACCUGCAGUCCAUCGCCAUGUGCAAGAAGACAAAACAGAGAGUAAACAAUGAACUGAUCACUGUUCGCUCAUGUACCUGGGAGACGGACGACUAUGGCAGUGGACCUUGCUCAGAGAAUUCUGUCAGCUCAUACGCUAAGGUGGAAUACUGCAGCACCUGUAACACAGACUCUUGUAACUCCGCAGAGUCUCUAUCAAUCUCGGCAGCAAUGCACGGUCUUCUUCCUCUCUUCGCAGCAAUCUCCGUCAGCAGAUAUCUGACUGCGGACAACUGAAUAGAUCAUUGUUACCUUCUGUAGAUACUGUAUAAGAACUGGAUUGCUUUCAACUGGGAGUAUCUGUGAAAUAAAGUUCCAAAUGUGAGGUUUUGCACCCUUUUCUAUUCAAAAAUAAUUUUAUUAAUAACGUAAAACUUCAAGGGACUGUCAAAACAAAUUUUGAUUAUUGAUUUUUUAAUAUUCCAAUCAUAGAUCAUAUUUAUGUUUCCAACAUUUCCAUUUUCAAUGUUUUAUUGAUUUUUUUUUAUUCAAUGUUCCACCAAUGUAGGUGUACAUUUUUACUGUUUUACUGUCUUUUAACACCGGACCAACCAGUUGAUGGUUUCAAUAUUUUUAUUUGAUAAAUAACGUUUUGGGAGCAAUCCAGUUACAAUAAAACUUUAAUGGAACAAACCACCAAAAAAUAACUGCAAUACAUCACAGAGAUUGUAUAAUUUUGGCGUUAAAUUUAAUAUAUUUAGUAUAGAACCCUUUUGUUUCAUGUUUUUAAUAGAUGGCCCAGCGUUUGCAAUGAACCUAUAUAAAGAAAGUGUAUACUGUAUAAAAAUAUAAUUGAAAAAUACACUUUAAUUUACUUCAAUUGAUAAAAGAAUGUAGGUACCAAAGAUUUGUUUCAAGCGUGUUUGGGUUUAAUCUUUGACUAUUAAUACAACGACUUCUGUAUCCAAUAAAUAGUCAAUGGUUUAAUUCAUGCUUCUUUUAUUAUUGUUUACUUUACAUAACAUUAUUUAUUGUGAUGAUAUUUUACGACCUGCAGUAGAUGUUAAAUAUUAAAUUGACAAGAGUUUCUUUAGUAAAAAUGUUGUAUCCAUUCCCCCUCAGGUAACGGAAAGAUUUUAAUGGUGACAUUCCUCAAGUUUGAGUUUAAGAUUUUUAGUUUGCAUAAUAGUAUACAUUUAAGGGACAGGUAUCCGGUUAAAUAUUAAGUUAUAUUUUAUCUGUAUAUUUUUGUUACACAUGUAAAUAAAAUGUACAUUUUGUAUGAAAAUUGACACUGAAACAUCUGCUUUAACAACCAAAUACAUUUUAAUAGCAAAAAAAAGAAUUUACUUGUAAUACAUUUUUAUAAAGUUUUAUA